AUGAAGUGUGACCAGCAUGUCACCUGGAGUGGCUGGUAUCGUCUCUUCAUUAACGGUGUGAGCGCUCAUAUCCCAGAGACUUGUAUUACGACCUAUAGCUGUGGCACUGCUACUGCACUGGGGUUACCCGAUGGGCAUCCCAGAAUUGAGGAUGGAGUUGUCACCCGAGACGCCUGCGCUCUAUGGAAUGAUUUCUGCUGCUUUGUCAGGUCUUUCCCCAUUAAAGUCAAAGCUUGUCCAGGAAAUUAUUAUGUCUAUGAGCUGGUUAGUCCAACUAUCUGCUAUGCAGCAUACUGUGCAGAUGUCAGCACCAUUAACACCAGCUCUACAGUCGUCACACCAGCGACCAUCUUCACUGUUUAUCCCUCUGUUGACCCCUGCUACAACUACACUGUGUUGGAUGAACCAUGGAGAGCCAACAGCAGUCGCCCAUCAAACUCCUACAAGCUUGAUAAGUCUGUCAGCUGGAGCGGCUGGUAUCGUCUCUUUAUUAACGUUGAGGAUGGAAUCGUCACUCGAGAUGUCUGCGGUCACUGGGACAAUUACUGCUGCUAUUACGGUUCUUACUCCAUUAAAGUCAAAGCCUGUCCGGGCAAUUAUCAUGUCUAUGAGCUGGUUAGACCAGCAGUCAACGAUGCAGUCUACUGUGCAGUUAUAAAUAUGACACAGCAGGAAAGAUGCAACAGUCAGACAUUUGGAGGAUGUUUUCAAAAUCUUCUUGAGCAGAUAGAGAACAUUACAGCUCAAGAGCUUCCUUUAGAUACUGUGAAAAAUAUUUUGAAUAUGGCCUUCAACACUUCAGAGAAAAUUUUAGAGUCGUCAUCAUUAUCCUCUGUAAACCAAACUGAACUAGCCUCCUAUGGAAACCGUCUGUUAAAAGCCAGUGAGAAACUCAUGUCUACAUUGGUGAAGCCGGUGGACACAAGUGACAGUGUCAGUUUUAUUAUUGCUGCUGUAGAUAUAGAAGUCUUCAUGAUUGGACCACAUGUCACCUUAGAGAAAAUCCCUCGACUCGACACGACAAAUUCUUCUGUUGACAUCGAUCUCAUUGGGAUCGCCAAGAACAACAAUGAAAGAUCAGCUGCUGUGGCUUUCAUGAGCUACAACACGAUGGAGAAUCUACUGAAGCCAGACUUCUUCAACACACCAAAUGACACGAUUAAAACCAUGAUGUCCACUGUGAUCUCAGCUACUCUUCCCAAAACCACCAACACUACACUAACUAAACCAGUCAACUUCACCCUCAAACACAUCAGAGAGUUUGAUCCUAACAAUUCCCUAUCCUGUGUGUACUGGAAUAUUAGCGAGUGGAUUGUAGAUGGUUGUUCUGUUUUAAAGUCCAACAGCAGCCACACUGUGUGUUCCUGUGAUCAUCUGUCCACAUUCGCUCUCAUCAUGCAAACCAGCCGCCCACCAGAGAGCGACUCACUAAUGGAGCUGUUGAAUCUGGUGUGUGUGUCCGUGGGGCUGGUGUUCUUCACUUUGGCCCUGUUGACCUUUGCCCUUUGUCAGUGGAGUCCUGGAGUGAAUAAUGUGGCUCGAAUCAACAUCUGCAUCAGUCUUCUGUUGGCUCACCUUCUGUUUCUGCUCACACAGCAGUUCCUGAGCCUCAUACGUCCUCAGCAGGUGUUGUGUGCCGUGAUCUCAGGACUUCUGCACUUCCUCUUUCUCUCCGGCUUUGUGUGGAUGUUCAUUGAAGCUGUGCUGCUCUUCAUCUGUGUGAAGAACCUAUCACAAAUCAGCUCCAGAAAGAGGGAGGUGCUUAGCAGUGGAUUCCUGUGUGUGAUUGGAUAUCUGGUUGCUCUGGUUGUGGUGUGUGUGUCUGUCGGUCUGGUUCCUGAAGGCUACGGCAGCGAACAAUGCUGGAUUAAAGUGGAGAAAGGCUUCAUCUGGAGUUUCCUGGGUCCUGUUUGUGUCAUACUAGCAUUAAACAUGAUUCUCUUCAUGAAGAUCGUCAUCAGUCUGAUCUCAGCACUCAAUACUCUCAAUGCUGAAGUUUCACAGAUGAAACAAACCAAGAUUAUGGCGUUUAAAACACUGGCUCAGUUUGUGGUUCUUGGUUGCUCCUGGAUUCUGUUUUUCUCCACUAAUGGCAGUAAGGGGCUGGAGAUCGUCUUCCUGAUCUUGAACUCCCAGCAGGGAACCUUCAUCUUCGUGAUCUACUGUCUCCUCAAUAAUGAAUCAGGCAGCAGUACAGGAGGUGCUUCAGAUGUCGCAAAGAACACUGAGGACCACAGCAUCGUGUUCAGAAAGUAA